AUGCAGGCCAUGCAGGAGGCCAUGCAGGAGGCCGCCGCCACCAUGAGCUCCCUGGUCACGCAGGGGCCCGCCGGGAGGGCGCCGCCGGAGGCGGCACCGCCCGCCAGCGGCGCGGGCGCCGGGCCCCCGGCCGCCGGCGGCGACGACGGGGGCCUCGAGCUGGCCGGGGAGCGGGAGGAACGCACGGCGCGCGUGGCCGAGCUGCACGCCAGGAUCGGCCGCGAAGCGGCCGCCUGGGGCGUGCAGCUGGAGGAGCUCCGCGUCCGUCUCCAGGAGGACAUCUCUGGCGCGCGGGGCGUCUUCGAGGAGCGUGCCGCGAGGCUCGAGCGCGAGCUGGCGGCCGAACGGGCGCGGCAUGACGCGGAGUCGCAGGAGCUGCGGGCCAUCAUGGACUCGAUGUGGAAGCAGGUGGAGGGGCGGCCGCCCCCUUCGGGGGACGAGAAGCAGCGGAUGUUCCAGGACUCGUCCGGGAACAUGCGGGAGUUCACGGGCGACGCCGAGGACGUCUUCACCCUUUACGACUUGGUGCGGGAGGCCAUCGGGGACCACUCGCGCCUCUCCGACGAGCUGGCCCAGGCCCCACGCGUUAGCGCGCCCUUGCACGUGCCAGGUGACGGGUCAGGGCGGGGGCAGAAACCAGACAAGCCUCAGGAGCGAGAGCAGCGCGAGAAGAUCGCCGAGGAGAGCCGCCAGGAGCUCCCUGCGCGGAUCCGAGCGACUAUGGACAUCAGCGCAGCGGUGACGCUCAUGAACGACGCCAAGUUCUGGGCUUGGGGACACGCUGCUAAAUACGGGCGCGUGGAUAGAGCGCUCGCGCGCGGUUCGCGCGCUUCUGCCGCCGCGCUGGCCGCCAACGAGACCUUUGCCGAGUGCAUGGCCGCGGAGAGCGCCGCCGCGAAGAUCGUCAAGGAGCAGUGCGCAGGCGCUGUCCUGCAGUCGCACUCCACGCGUCAAGCCGCAGCGGACACGGCGCAGCAGACAGAAUGGGCGGGACAUUGCACUCCCUGCCGUUUGCCCGAGAGCUUCUGCGCUGGGCGCGGCGCCGAAGCCCGCCACUGGCACGACCAGGUGCACCUGAACAAAUGCCGCGACAUCGCGGGGGCCCAGAGGCAGCGCCAGGUGGACCUCCUUAAGGUGGACCUAGGCAAGGUGGGCGACGCGGAGAAGGGCGACCAGGAUGAGCCAGUGAGUUGGGAGCAGCGGGGAUGA